AUGGCAAGCUCCAAAAGAACAAAUCGCCUUAGUUGGCUCUUCCCAUGGACGCAGACUGACACGAAGAUGGAUCAUGAACAGGCUACCUUCUGGCUCUCGCAGUUUAUUGGGAAGAAUCUACGCAUCCAUGCGACUGAUGGGCGUGUCUUUGGUGGCCAGAUGAAGUGUACGGACAAGGACCGCAAUAUAAUUCUUGCUAUGGCCCACGAGUAUCGUGCGCCGCCUAUUGAGACCAUCCGGAAGGCUAUUGAAGAGUCGGGCAAUCCCUCUACACCUGUACCUUGGAACAGCCGCUAUGUCGGGCUCAUCGUGGUGCCUGGACAGCACAUCAAGAAGAUUGAGUUCGAAGAGAGCACGUAUCAAAUGAGUAAUGUUACCUUGUAA